CCCUUAAUAGGUUUAUAAAUGCCCAGCUCAAGCAGUUUGCUGGUAAUUAGUCAAGAUGUACUCGGAACUGGAAGUGAAAUUGCUGGAGCAGCGCAACUAUCAUCGAAUUAGGGAGAUGAUACGCGUCACCUAUACAAUGGGCUACAACAUUAUGAAGCCCGGACCUUGGGACAACCUCCUAAAGUUCUGGAGCUUGCUGCUAAUACUGUUCACGCUGCUCUCUUACUACGGCCAUUGGCAGCUGUUCGUGCACUACAUGCAGGACAUUCCGCGCAUUUCCGAGUCCAUUAGCACAAUUUUCCAGUCCCUGAUGUCCAUUACGAAGAUGAUUUACUAUCUCAUGGCGCCUCGCAGAUUCUACAUGCUGCUUCGACUCGUCUGUCGUCACGAGCUGCUGCAGACGUGCGAGCUGUUUGCAGCUGUCUCUGAUCUGCCUGUGGCACAGCCGUUGAAGCAGCGUGUGGCCGACACCAUGGAUCAGAGUUGGAUCAGCACGCGCCGGCAAUUGAUGUUCUAUCUGUUGUGCUGCAUUGGCAUCCUGUUGAAUUACUUUGUCAAUUCGCUGGUCGUCAACAUCUAUCACGCCCUCACGGAGCCCGACAACAACUACGAAGUGGCGCUGCCUCUGCCUUCGCUCUACCCGAACUGGAUGGACAAGGGCAUGACCUUUCCCUACUACCAUCUGCCUCUUCUCCUGGAGAGCUGUAACCUCUACAUCUGCGGCAUGGGUGCCGUUAGCUUCGACGUGCUCUUCAUCGUCUUCUGCAUGCAUGGCGUGGGUGUAAUGCACUCCCUCUCCCAUAUGAUUGAGUACGCCACCUCGCCGCUGAUUCCCCAAGAGCGACGAGUCCAAUAUCUGCGCCAUUGCAUCUAUCAAUAUCAGCGAGUCGAAGCUUUUGCACUGGAGGUGAAUAACACCUUUCGGCAAAUCAUUAUUAUCCAGUUCAUUCUAAGCCUCUUCUGCUGGGGUCUGGUGCUUUUCCAAAUCAGCAUUGGCAUAGCCACCAGCCUGACAAUAGCGCUGCGCAUGCUGAUGUAUCUGGCGGCCGGUGGCUAUCAAAUCGUCAUCUACUGCUACAAUGGGCAGCGCUUCACAACGGCUAGCGAGCGCAUUCCAAUGGCAUUCUACGAGUGUACUUGGUACGAGGAAUCCAGGGAAUUUCGGCAGCUCAUCAGAAUGAUGAUAAUGCGCGCGAAUCAGAGCUUCAGUCUGGACGUAUCCUGGUUCACAAAAAUGUCGCUGCCCACCCUGAUGUCGAUGAUACGCGCCAGCGGGCAAUACACGGUGCUAUUGCAGAACCUAAUGCAGAAGAAUUAAGGAAACGGCUCUGAAACUCUUUUCGCCCAUGCUAAACACUUGCUGUUGUUACCAACAUAGCAACACUCUAUCGACAGUCAAUCAAUAUAUGUUGUA